AUGCCUCUGCAGCAAUUCUUUUCCAUUUGCAGCAUAUUUGUGCUGGGGGGAAAGUUUCACUUUUUUGUGAUCAUGCAGUGCUGGAUCGGAGUGUUCCGGUUACUGCACAGUUGCUGGACUGCUUUGCCACGUGAAAGUUUUCUCUGGUUUGGCACUCUAUUUGGAGAUGAGAUGGGAACAUGCCACACAAAUGCACCUUGUGCACCUUGCUAUCCGGUGCCCAACAUGGUGUCUCAUGUACGUGCUUGUGGUUUUCCUGUUGCAGUGAUGUCAACAAUAUUCGCUGUGUUCUUCAAACCCUCGUGGCAAAUUGUUCUGCUCAAUUGUUAG